UUAGCACAUGCAAAUGCUGGUUUGCGAUAUGGGGGCAAUGGGAACUGUAGUCCUACACACCCGGUGGGCUGGUUGCCUUGCUCAGUGGGUUCACCUGUGUGAAAAAAGGACACACUUCGCUGCUCUUGAGCUGACUUGCUAUUGUGAAAUCAGGUCACUCCGUUUAAUCGUUGACGGUAACUGGAGCCGCAGUAACCUGGCCCAGCAGCUGGCAGGCAAUUGAUACCCCUUGGGAUUAGGCAAGGAGCCAGUCCUCAUUGAUUUCACCUGAAUGGCCAAGGGGCAGACGCCAGCUGACCUGUCGGGGCGGCUGAAAGUUGGCUGGUUACCCCUAUGAUGCUGAACCCUGCCAUGUCUUUUAACUCUUGGAAAAUGGGUUUUUAAUCCCUGAUGGGACCCUGCGAGGUAGGCCUGGUCAUAAACUGCUAUCCUUGGUUUAACCUCCUCGGAGGAUUAGAAGAGACAUCUCCCCUCGUGAUUCAGUAAAACGGAGAAAUAGUUUUGUUAAGAAAUGUGGUUGUGAUCCUUGGAAUGGGAGAAGAGACAGAGGCAGGUGGUUUAUGCGCCUUUUUUUGCUAAGGAGUGGGAAGAACUAAUUUUGUUCAACGGCCAUCCCUUUCAUCCUGCGGCCAUCCCUUUCAUCCUGCGGCUCUUAUUUCUCACCGCAUAUCUUUACACAAAGCCUGCUUGUAUCGGCAGAGUAGAGACCUUUCAAAGCAGGUGAAGAUAUCGGGCAUUUGAGCCUACCAGGGACACCACAUGCCCUCUGCUGAGAAAGCUUGUCCCUUAAAGACGUAUGGUCCUCCACUGAGGUGUUGAGGCUUGUGCUGCAUGUGGACCCGGAGACUGUCUGAAUGUCACCUGUCGUAGACGACCAGGAGGGCAGGACGUGGCUGGUCUUUCCCAACAGCCUCACAAUGAUGUCUCGGAAGAAGACCCUCCUUCUCUUCCUUCUGGCCUUCAGCACUGGCACUCUGCUCCUGCGCCAGAGUGCCCACUUCAGCUGGUUCCCAAAGUCUUCUCCCUUCAGCUGCGCGCCGUGGGUCUCCCCGCACCCGAAGCAGACUGCCGUGGCCUUCCUGAAGACCCACAAGACAGCCAGCAGCACGGUGCAGAACGUCCUCUUCCGUUUCGCCGAGCGGCACAACGUGACGGUGGCUCUGCCCCUCCACGCCUGCGACCACCAGUUCUGCUACCCCCACAACUUCUCUGCCCGCUUUGUGCACCCGUACACCCUCCCGCCCCGCCUCAUCGCCAGCCACCUGCGCUUCAACCACGACGAGCUGCGCCAGCUCAUGCCCAACGACACCGUUUAUAUCACCAUCCUGCGCGAGCCGGUGGCCAUGUUCGAAUCCCUGUUCAGUUACUACAAUCAGUACUGCCCGGCUUUCCAACGGGUGCCCAACGGAUCGAUGGAGACCUUCCUGAACAAUCCGUACCGGUACUAUCAGGCCCAUGAGAAGUACGCCAUGUACGCACACAACACCUUGGUGUACGACCUAGGGGGUGACCCCGAGCGUAGCCCCGAGGACCCCACAUACCUCCCCAAAUUUAUCCGUCAAAUGGAAGGCAUUUUCUCCCUGGUGAUGUUGGCCGAGUAUUUUGAUGAAUCGUUGGUCCUUCUCCGCCAUCUGCUGUCGUGGGACCUGGAGGACAUCCUCUACGUCAAGCUGAACAUGCGCAGCCUGGAGUCCAAGCUCAACAUCAGCUCGGCCCACGUGGCGGCCCAGAUCCGCGCCUGGAACGCGCUCGACGCGGCUGUCUAUGACCACUUCAAUGCCACUUUCUGGAGGAAGCUGAGCAAGAUGGACCAAGGGUGCCUCCAGAAAGAGGUCCGCGCCCUUCACCAGGGCUGCGAGCGCCUGGCACGCCACUGCUUUCGUGGCCAGCCCCAGCUGCGCCCAGCCAUGCAGAUCAAGAACAAAGACCUCCGGCCGUGGCAGCCGAGCGCCAAGGUGGAUAUUCUGGGUUACGACUUGCUGGGCUCAGGGCCCCCCUUGGAUGAGCAAUGCCUCAAACUGGUCAUGCCCGAGGUACAGUAUUCCCACUACUUGCUACGGAAGCAGAGCCUCAAGCAUCGGCGUCGGGCCGUCCUCCAUCGGCCCCUCUCGCCCCGAGGACUUCUACACCCACCGCGGCACCCGGCCGUCAAAGCUUCCUGAGCAGGAUGGUGGGGACUUAAAAGAUGUCACUGGGUUAAAAAAGUUGUGCUGGCGGAGUUCUCGUAUCAAUGAGCUUGAUUAUUUCUUUUCCUUUUUUCUCCCCUCUGGGUCUCCAGGACAUUUUAACCCAAUUUUAUCCACUUAAGAAUUUAGGACCGAAGCAUCUAGGUGAGCGGGACUCUCCUUUUAGAUGCCCCAAAGGAGUGAUCUAUUUUCAGCAGCGAGGACUUAAAAACCAUGAAUAGGUGCUGUGGAUUGACUGACUUCUUUCCUUCCUUUCCUUUCCUUUCCUUCCUCCCUCCUUUUCUUCUCUCUUUCCUUCCCUCCCUCCUUUUUCCUUCCUUCCUUCCUUCCUUCCUUCCUUCCUUCCUUCCUUCCUUCCUUCCUUCCUUCCUUCCUUCCUUCCUUCCUUCCUCUUGUUUAUUUCCAUGAACCAGAACAAAUUUGGGGCUGUUUCCUAUCUGGGAAUGUUUGGGGCUGGUCUUCACAACCUCCUCAUCUUCUGUAGCCUUCCCAUGUUUUUUCCAGUGCUGUUUUUGUCUUUCCUUCCUCUCCUAUGAACAUCUAAUUUUUUUUUCUUUUCACAAUGGCUGAAUUCUGGGAGUUGAAGUCCACAAGCUUCUGUUUUGCUGCUCUGGUGUUCUGCAUCCAUUCUGAUUUUAGGUAACGAUGAUUAAACAGGUCACACUCCUGUUCAGCCGCCCCACAUGGCAGGCACUGCUCUAUUUAUUUUAUUUAUAGAUUUAUUGCAGAGUUGUCCCACUUUCCUCCAAAGACCCAAGGUACCUGCAUAUAAACACACACCUUCUGUUUUAUCCUCACAACAGCGCUGUGAGGCAGGCUAGACCAGAACCAAAGUUGCAUGUGGGGUUGCGCCCGGAUUUGAAUGUGCAUUUUCUCCGGUCCUAGCUCAACGCUCUCAAUCCUUUUAAGUAGCACUAAAUGGCUUUCCUAGUGAAAGGUUAUUUAAAAAAAAAAAGCACUGUUGUGUUACAGCUGUCUUGGGGAAAAAAAAAAUUUUUUUAAAAUAGGAAAUGAAAGCUGAAAAGGAUACCUAGAGGUUGUAAGGCAGUGGUUCUCAACCUGUGGGUCGGGACCCCAUUUGGGGUCGAACGACCAUUUCACGGGGGUCGCCAAACAACGCAGUCCGCCAUUUUUUCCCCCCUUUUCCUUAGCUGUGCUAC